AAAAAGGGCUUCACAACGACGACGUUUUCCCCCACAAUCCCGACGACACCUAGCGAAACACAUUUCUUUGUACUUUACGCCAGUCCCUUGUUUCCGACCUGAUUCACAGGUCAGCGACUGUGCACGAGGUGAUUUGGUGAUUUGUCUGUGCCGUGAGAAAAAAAGUCAAGAUAAAAAAGCAAGCUUUUUUCCACAGCAUGAGAAGAAGCGUGUGGUAACAUUUAUCAUAUUGACUGAUAGAUUGAUUGACUGACUGAUUUGUCAACCAAUCGAUUGCUUGAUUCGUUCACGUACUGAACCAACCGACUGGAGAACACGGGCUGACUGUGUACUUCCUACAAACCUGCCUACCUGCCUAUCUAUCAACUUACCUGCAUGAGUGUUUUCUACUGCGGAUUACCUGUUGAUUGCAAGACUCGUGGUUGAUUCGAACCUUUCUUCCUGUGACUACACCGACAUGAGUGACCACCGCCAUUCCCUUUUGCCGUCACAGGCGUCCAACCGAAGACUACGCACGCCUCCACAAAGCACAGCCUUUGUCGCGCUGGAAAUAGAAUCCUUGGUCUUGAACCCAUCUUCCCAAGGCAGUAUCCACAAUCAAAACGUCGCCACCGCCACGAAUACGACCAUUGCGGAUAGAUCCAUGUUCUCCUACUCGCCAGCCACACGCAUGUUGUUGGAAGAGUCCAUGCGUUCCAUCACCAACAGUCGCUGGCACGUGCGAUCACUCGUCAAGCUUAUUUGUUUAUUAGUGGCCGUAGCUGUUGCCUUGAACGUGAUUGCUAGUACCAGAAUGGUAGUCCGUGGCGAACGUACCGAAGACAAGAACAAAACCGGAGUACUGCCCGACCACAACAAAAAAAGCAACAAACUGGCACCAACCGAAGCGCCAACCGUACUACCUUCAUUUUCUCCAACCACUUCACCAUCCACCCUUUUACCCACGAUGGUACCGCUUUCACCAACGUCGGCAGCCACAAUACCACUCACACCAGAAGCACAACAGCAGGAGCAACAAUCUUCAUCGUCCAAAGCGUGGAUUCAACUGCAACCACGCGAUUCCGACAAGAAGCCCUACCCGCCUCCUGGAAAGAAUGCAUCCCUCACUUUUCAGUCCCGAUGGUGCGAUUUGCAAGGCCUAGCCUUUGGUACCGAAGCUGACUGGAACCCGUCCAUAGCCACGAAGCGCGGAAAAUUCGCUCCCAAUAUCACAAACGCAACGAAUGCCUGGCAACUCCGUGCACCGUCUUUGCUGCUUCCCGGCACCAAACACGCCGGAAGUGAAGCACUGGGUGCGUUGCUGGCAACGCAUCCUCUCGUGUUACGCCAAACCACACAAGGAUUCUUCUUCGACCACGUCUUUCGAAAAUUUGUUUCCGCUAACGAAAAAACCCGAGUCGCGGCUGCGCGGCAUAAGAUGUACGCUUCACAUUACGACUUAAAAGCUAUCCAAGCUAAUCCUGCCCUGCGGAGUGUGGAUGUUACACCAGGGUAUCUGCUUUACAGUACAUUGUUGCCGCGACGUGUGUUCUGUGUCACACCAUGGAUAAAACUCUUAGUGGUGCUACGGAAUCCUACGGACCGUGUAUUCGAACACUAUCAAGCGGCCCGUGCCAAGGGUUUGCCUUUGUCGCUCAAGGACUGGUUGGACAAGGACUUGGCGAUUUUGCGCAAACAUGGCUUGGUGGGGGAUGCCACUGGGAUGGGUAACGCCACGAGCAUAGUCAAGCACGGGUCGUCCGAAGAAGACGUGGCCUGGCUCAAGUACCAGGACGAAUCACUGGAAGGCGUCAUCGGACGAUCAAUUUACGAAAUACAGUUGCGGCAGUGGUUUCAGGCAAUGCGAGCGGCCGGCAAAAAUCCGUCCAAGGAUGUGAUGGUAGUAUUGAGUGACGAUUGGUCACAAAAUCCGUCUCGAAAAUAUCAGCGUGUGCUAGAGUUUGCCAAUCUACCCCACGAUGACAAUGUGGUGGUUCCUACCACAUUGUUGGCUUCUACCUGGCGUCGUACAACUGGCAUAAACCAGACUCUAGCAAGCUCAGGAUCUACGGCCACACGCGACGAACUGCAAAAGUUUUUCCGGCCUUACAAUACCAGACUUGCCUUGCUCCUGUCCUCAUAUGGAGUCACGGUGUUAUAG